CUCACAGGAGCUCAAAGAGAAGAGAUGCAGAGACACAGAGAGGCAGCCAAGAGGACGACGGAUAGGAGGAAGACUCAGCCCUCUGAGACGAGGAUGUCCUACGUUCAGAACAUUCUACACAGUGUUCAGCUGAGGCGAGCACCAACACUGGAGGAGUUCUUUCAGGGUGAACCAGGACUAACGGCAGCCAAAACCACCAACCUACACCACAGCAAUGUCUGCCAGGUUCUAGCGUCGCAGAAUGAUGAUGUCACCGAGACCAAGAACAGCUUGCCYGGGUCGUACUCCCCACCAACCUUAACCGUCAUGCAUGAUGGGAAAGCAGGCAUCCUCGUCCGAGGUCCUCCCAUGACGUCGACAGCCUACGGCGCCUUCACAACGAAUCACCUUACAACUCUCCAUAACACCACCACUGUGAGGGAGACCUUCCUAGAUAAGCUGCUCUGUGACCCAAUGACACCUUCUCUAGCUAGAGAGACAACCACACACACCAACCAGGUUGCUCCACAAACAGAGACCCGGACCAGGGAGAGACUCUUGUAUGACCAGGAUAAGAKCACCAAUGCUGGGUGUGUUCUGGAGGAGGACCUGGGUUCAGGAGAAGCAACGGUGGAUCCUCUAGCUGACAUAAGCCACCAGUCUUCGGGGUACGUGACGUAUGGAAACGCGGAGGCCACUUGUGUCUUGAGUCGGACCGAGGCUGGGGAGAGCAUUAUGUCAGGGCCUGAGGAGGGGACACCAGUUGGAARGGGGGGGMUUCRCKUACACAACACCUCCGAUACAAACACAACCAAGSCAUGUAAUAUCAUCAGCCAUCCUCCCAUUGAUGCUGAAGAUCUGGAGGAGGGGUCGUCCCCGUGUGACGAUGACCUCAUAACCGGUGGCCCUGCAGAUGAGGCGAGCGUGACGUCGUCCUGGUGUAAUGACGUCAUACCAGACUAUUUAGAGGAAGCGUUGGGGACGUCGCCUCUACAGUCCCAUUCUUUCCACAAUCCUAGAGCUCGCCUUCUCCUCCUCACGUUGAACCCACGUUCCUUAGGGAAUAUCUCUAGUGGUGGCGGUCUGGAAAACUGGACUCCCAUUCCCAGAGGAUCCUUUCUCCAAUCCCUGUCCCGGGUUUCCUUCCCUCCGCCACCACUCUCCCUGACUGGAGGAACUCCUCAUUCUCCUUGUCUGAAGAAACUGAUGUCCUCCUCCAUCUUCUG